AUGUCCGCCGCUGAGUCCAAAAUAGCGGCAGCCCAUGGCCCGCCUGCUGAUCUACCCUCUUCUGCUGCCUCCAACGAUAGUACUGUCAUGGAGAAAUUUGAUGGUGAACCUGGGGUGCAGGAUUCUGAAGCUCCCAAGAGCUGGCCGUCCGAAGAUUCACCUCCUGAUGGAGGAUUGCAAGCUUGGCUGAUGGUGUUGGGCACAUGGUGUGCAAUGUUCUGCACCUUCGGGUGGAUCAACAGCGUUGGGGAGUUCCAAAGCUAUUAUGAAACAGUUCUACUGUCAAAGUACUCUGCAAGUACUAUCGCAUGGAUCCCGUCGCUCCAGAUCUUCUUCAUGUUUGCAAUGGGACCUGUCGUCGGUCGACUCUACGAUAAUUUUGGUCCUCGCUACGUUCUCAUCGGGGGUUCAAUCCUCCACGUCUUCGGCCUCAUGAUGGCAUCGAUCUCGAAAGAAUACUACCAGAUCCUCCUCUCCCAAGGAGUCUGCAGCGCCAUGGGAGUAUGUGCAAUCUUUCAACCAUCAAUAAACUGUAUCCCAAGUUGGUUCAACAAGAAGCGUGGUGCCGCCUACGGAAUUGUCUCAACAGGAUCCAGCUUAGGCGGCGUGAUCUUCCCAAUUAUGGUCAGCCGCAUGAUUGCUGAGGUUGGAUAUGCAUGGGCUAUGCGAACUGCUGCAUUUCUCAUCCUUUUCCUCUUGGGAAUUGCUAUCCUAACGGUUCGGUCGCGGGUACCGCCGAAGCCUCAGAACAUCGAUAAAGCGAGUCUUGUCCGACCGUUCCGGGAGAUCAAGAUGUUGCUCAUUAUCGCCGGUUUCGUGUUUUUGACAUUUGGCAUUUUUAUUCCCGUCAACUAUCUGGUGAUUCAAGCCAUGGAUGCGGGCAUGAGCUACGACCUUGCUCAAUACUUGGUUCCGAUUCUGAAUGCCGCAAGUCUCUUUGGUCGUAUAGGCGCUGGUAUUGGCUCUGAUAAGCUGGGUGCUUACAAUAUUCUGGUCAGCGCGUGCAUGAUAGCUAGUGUACUUAUCCUCGCUCUCUGGAUACCUGCCACGGGUAACGCAGCCAUCAUUGUCUUCUCCACCCUCUUUGGAUUCGCAUCUGGUGCCUAUGUCUCUCUCGCCGCUGCCAUGGUGGUAAAAAUCUCGCCAUUCCCGGAGAUUGGGUACAGAACCGGCCUCCUGUUCUUGUUCUCGUCGUUCGGAGGUCUGACGACCAAUCCUAUUGCAGGAGCUAUUCUCUCACGGGAUGGUGGGUCAUAUACAGGCAUGAAAGUUUUCGCAGGAGUCUUCCUUCUUGCUGGAAGCUGUUUCAUUUUAGCCGCACGAUUCUAUUCAACUGGACUAGUGUUGAGAGCUAAGUUCUGA